AUGAGCCAUCCAGCUGCAACCCUGUUGGUUUCUAGUAGCUCAAGUACCGGUCCUUACGUGGUCGUCUUUGGAAAGCAACCGAAUGAACCGUGGUCUUCGGACCUGUGGAUGAUGCAGCUUUCUCGGAUGCCACGAGAAAUGGACCAUGCUUUGCAAGCGAAUGACAGCCUACAAACAUGUCAAUGCUUGUCCGGUUCCGCUGAGAUGAAAAGCGGGGCCAAGCUCUUUCUUCUGCCAGACCACGUUCGGGCGGUUGAGGGUCUGGUGCGACAUGGCCAGUUGAAGUUAAAGGGUCGAGAUAUCAUCUUCAGCGCCGACUACAAGAGCGAGAUCGAACGAGCGGUUCGGGAACUGCCAAAGAAACACAACGUGAGAGUCCACUCAUGCAAGCGGCUCGUGGAAUGCUGCGAUUUCUUCCAACCAUUGAGUGGAGAGAGGCUGGUGAAACGGCGGACGUUUUGGAGUUCCGAACGUGUGCCCAGCGCAGUGGAGACGACAGUGUCCACCACAGAUGCUCGAAGUGCCACGAUGCACCAGAAUCCGAGGUAG